AUGACUGUGCAUGCUCAUUUCUAUGAUAGAAGAGCUAAUGCAUUACUUAAAAAAUACUGUUUCGAUGAAGCUAUUGAUUACCAUUUAUCUGCUGCUAAAUUUUUGACAGAAUCUCUUAAAGCAACUGAUAAUGAGAAAGCUAAACAAUCUAUACAAUUACAAAAGGAGUAUCAUUUAAAACAAAAAGAUGUUUUAAGAGUGAAAAAAAUUCAGUAUCAAUCUUUAAAAGAAGUACUCAGGGUUCAUAAAGAGGCAAUAUCUAGAAUGAUGAAAGCGAGAAAUGGUAAAAAUGACGAUUCUGAAAGUGAGGAAAAUUCAUUACAAAAAGUUAUUUACAGAACAAUCGAAGAGGCUGAUUCUUUGCUAGACAUUCUGGUUCAUAAAGAGGAUGCCAAUCAUUCUGAUAAGGAAUUAACGAGUAACGGUUCAAGUGGCGAUGCCGCAUAUUCAGUCGGAACCGUUCAUCCUAAAGAUGACAAAACGGUGAUAGAAGAAUUAAAAAUAGUCAAUUAUCAACUCAGUUAUAAAUAA